UACAGUAAAAGCUCGUUUAUCCGGACCUCGUUAACUCGGAAAUUCGGUUAACUCGGACUCGCGGCGCGGUCCCGGCAAAACUGUGUAUAUUUCAAUGAGGUCAAAUGCUCAUUAAUUCGGAGGGAUUUAGCCGCGCACCGGUUAUCUCGGACAACUCCGGAGAGGGCUAUCGGGACUCCAGAGUCGCGCGAUCUCGGCGGCUUGGAGGCUCAAGCAGCGCUUGCCGUAACCGACGGCGGAACCGGAGUUUUGGAGAAACCGAAACCGAGCGAACUGCAGCAGAAUAUGAUCAUGAUGAUAGUGAAUGAGGGGGGAAGUGGCUAGGUGGCGCUAGUCACCACCCGGCGGAAGCGCUCGGGCCACCGGCGCAUCCAGUGUCUACUAACAGCAGCUGCUCGAGUCGCUACGCGUACUUCGGGUCUUGGUUCUUUGUGUUGUGACUUCGCGUGUUGCGGCUGUGUUUGUGCGCGUUGCCGCCGCCGUCGCGUGUCAUGCUGAUGGCGACCGUCACAGGAGUUAAGCGGCCACAGCAGCCAGCAAAUGAUCUUGAAACAAAGGUUAUGAUAUUGAAAGACGUGGACGCAGGUGUUUCUCGACAGGAGAUAAUGAAAAAGUACGAUGUUAAGAGAAGCACGUUAAGUGACUACGUGAAGAACAAAGAAAAAAUUUUCGCGGCGUUUGACAGCGGCAAAUUCACCGGAAAACGAAAACGACUAAGGACGGCAGCACACCCGAAGCUGGAAGACGCACUGCUGCGGUGGAUAACAGACAUGCGGAACAGCCAGCUUCCCUUGAGUGGACCAUUGAUCUGUCAGCAAGCUGAAAGGUACGCACUGAGAAUGAACAUCGAAUCUUUCAGUGCGUCUGAAGGCUGGUUUGCCCGCUUUAGAGAAAGGCACGGGUUGGUCUUUCGAAACGUGUGCGGAGAAAAAGCAGCAGUGGAUGAACGGCGUAUUGCUGACUGGAAGACAACAGAGCUUCCCCAGUACCUGGCUCGUUAUGAACCUGCCAACGUCUUCAAUGCCGAUGAAACGGCUCUCUUUUUUAAAGCCUUGCCGGACAAAACGAUUACGUUCAAGGGCGACCCGUGCGUUGGAGGGAAGAGGAGCAAAGAAAGGAUCACUGUGCUUCUCGCUUCAAAUAUGUCGGGCACCGAGCGCCUGCCACUGCUAGUCAUCGGGAAGGCACAUAACCCAAGGUGUUUUAAGAACAUUCACCACUUCCCUGUGCAAUAUCGUGCCAAUAGAAAGGCCUGGAUGACCUCGGAUAUUUUCCAAGCUUGGCUGCGCCAACUCGACCGCCGCUUCUCCGCUAACAAGCGCAAGGUUUUACUUCUAGUUGACAACUGCAGCGCUCAUACCAGAGUGACAGGGCUGGAGUGCAUCGAACUUGUAUUUCUACCUGCAAACACGACGGCUGCUCUGCAACCGCUGGAUCAAGGGAUAAUUCAGCACGUAAAAAGCAGGUACAGAAAGCAUGUGCUGGAACGGAUCCUGCUGUGCAAGGAAGCAGGGCGAGAAUAUGACCUGAGUCUCCUGACCGCAAUUCACAUUUUAGCGCAUGUCUGGAGCGACACGCCGCCCGCGGUCAUUGCAAAUUCUUUCCGGCACAGCGGCUUUGUCCGCCCUGACGACUCGGAUAUUCCUCCAGAGGCCACUCCAGAGGACACCCGCGAGCCCACUGGAAAUAUGGACGACGAGGUGAAUGACACGCGUUUUGACUCUCUCCUUCCUAGUGGCGUCCAGAUUUUAGACUACGUCGCUAUAGACUCUGAUGUUGCCGUUGCUGGUCCGCUGACUGACGAUGAUAUAUUAUCGGAAGUGCUUGAAGAGGACCAAAAUCACUGUUCCGAUGAUGACGGCCAGGAUGAGCCGACGCGACGUCGCCGCACCGUGCAGGAGGCCGCCGAAGCCCUCGCUGUCCUCGAGGAGUUCUGCGUUUGUUCUCGCGACAGUGAACAUGCGCACCACCACCUGAUGGGACUAAAUAAGAUCGUUCUGUCAGAAAUUCCGACGGCGAGGCAGACAAAAAUAACCCACUUUUUUAAGAAAUAAAGGUUUGUCUGUGCCGUGUACGUUUUGCUUUUGUUUUCAUGGUCCAUUCGAUAAUUCGGAAUUCGGUUAACUCGGACAUUUUCUCCGGUCCCGUGAGAUCCGAGUUAACGAGCUUUUACUGUAUU